AUGCCUGUUGAAAACCUGGACAAGAAGACGGUGGAGGUGCUGGGGGUGCCGGAGGGAGUCAGUGAGGAGCUGCUCUCUCUGUACUUUGAGAAUACCCGUCGCUCCAGAGGAGGCCCGCUCCUUUCUGUGCACAAGGAGGGCGACCAUGCCGUUAUUGUGUUCAAAGAGGCUGAAGUGGCAGUGAGAGUACUUUCCAAGAGGCCCCACAUUCUAAAUAAUGUUCAGCUGACUGUGAGAGAGCCUGCCUCAAAGGAUCAGCGGAGAAUGCUUCUGCGUGGGAUCAACCCUAGCACGAAUAUGGAGCUUGUAGAGCUCUAUGUGGAGAACAUGAUGGGGAUUGACGUGAAGGACUACACCUUGUAUCCCUCACCUGGGAGAGACUUAAUCCUCAUUCACCUCUGCCAACCUUUAUCUAUAGAUUUCCAACGCCUCAGUACCAAGAUAUCCAACAAGCCACUAGAUGGGUGCAAGAUAAUUCUUGAACAAAUUGACCAAACUGACUCCGUCGUGGUGGAGAACCUCCACCCUGGAACCGACAUAGACAUGCUCACUUUGUACUUCGAGAGCAAGCAAGGCGGGGAUCAGAGGGUGAAGGAGAUCAUGAUGAUCUCAGAGAGAAGUGCCAAAGUGUCCUUUGUCAACUUUAAUUCUGUUGACCAUGUCCUGAAUCGGCCCCACAAACUGAUGGAUGCUGAGCUAAAAGUGGAGCCAUACGCUGCCUUUGUUCAAUCUAUAGAGAGCCCAGCAUCGCAGAACUCUGAAAACGGUUUCCAAGAUGGUGACACAGACAACAAUCCACAAAAUUUGACUCGUCUUCAAGAGCGGUCCAGUUCUCCCACAGCUGUCCCUGUCAACAGCCAAGCCACCAACCACACAGCCUCAGAUUCUGCCAUCGGCCCCGUGGCAGCAGCGGAGGUAGCAGAGGAAGUCAUGGAGGAUCUUACAGAUGGCGCAGAGAUGCUCUCAAAUCACAUUGCUGUACCUGACCAAGUGAAACUUUCCUUGUUUCAAAUCAGUAGCCUUCAUUUGGACAUUCAGAAGUCUCACCCAAACAUCAAGAUACACACUAAAGAUAAUGGUGUGGACAUUACAGGACCUGACAAAGUGGAAAUUGACCAACUACAGGACACUAUCUUGGAGUUCCUUAGUGGUAUUGCUGAGAUACAGUUGACUUUGGACCUGGAAAAAUCUCAAUUCCUGGAAAAUGCAGAUGUGAAAGAGAGACUGGUGGGGACCAUGAAUGAAAUUGGGCUUCCCGCUGUAUACAGUGUAACGGACUCCGUCGUUGUGUUGUCAUCGCCGUCUUUGAACCUGGCUAACCAGGCAUCAGUCUUUCUCCAAUCCCAAUUGUGUACCUUCAACAUAACGGUGGAUAAAGAAUAUGAGUGCAUGCUGUAUUCCAACGAGUGGUCUGGAUUCAUACAGUCUCUAAGACUCUGUACUGUGAGGGUGUCGGAAAGAGGGGGUGAGCUCAGUGUUUUGACUUUGAAAGGGUUGGAGAAUGAGAAGCAAACUCAAAUCUUAAAAUUCCUCAGUACACCUAUUGAGAGGGAGACGGUCAUCUCUAUGGAGCCAGGCAUGCUAAAAUACAUGCAGAUCCACUGCCAUCAGUUACUGGCCGAUAUGGACCAAGUAUCUAUAUUCCCGAUAGAGGAGGACAAGGCUUGCGGGUUAAGGAUCCAUGGGAAUGCUGGAGCUUGUCAGAUGGCAGAUGAAGUGUUGCAGGGUGUGGUGUCCUCUGUAUGUACGAGAACAAUCACAGUGAAUGCACCAGGGGUGGCUCGCUUCCUGGUUGGUGAGGAGAGCACCGGCAUUCUCGGAGAGAUGCAGACAAAGUUCCAGGUCUACAUAAGCCUGGAGAAGGUGCACUGGGAACCUCUACAGAAUGAGGACAUUUUUGAAACUGCAUGGAAAAUGAUAUCCCUCCAAAACUUACAUCAAGUUCCAUUGGAUGGUCUUGGACAGGGCAUUGAAACAGUCUUACCACAAACUGAUCAGAUGAUAAAUCAAGAUGGAGCCCUGGGCAGAGGCCUUAUAGAGGAGGCAAAGAAAAUUGUCUCAGCCAUAGAUGAAAACAUGGAGGUGGGUCAGUCCAGUUACAAUACAGUCAUUGACAUGGACGAGGAGGAUCUAUACACAGCAGGGGAACCUACUGACCCAUCUGACCAGGGCACUGAUGUUGCAUGUGAAGAUGCUCUCAGGGCCAUAGCUGAAGGGAAUGUUGCAGGUGGUUCUCUUUUGUCGGGUGAUGGAACCCUGGGUCUUCCUCCUAUUGAUCUAGAAGAAGAGGCCCAACUGUCUCUGGCUAUCCAGUACUCAAUGGAAUACACUAAAAGGUGUCCAGCUGAUGAAGAGGAGGAGCUGCAAAAGGUCCUGGAGAUGUCCAAGGAGACAAUCCGACACAAGGAUCUUAAUAUUCAUGGGGACAAGAGCUCCCUGUUGAACAAACCAAGCAAAACUUUCGAUGUUUCCCUACAGGAUGCCAUACAGGCAGCUAAUACGGCCCAAAUAUCCGUGUUUGCGGGUUAUUCCUGUGACCUCAUCCGAGUGGACAUAGCACUUGGGAAGAGGAUCACCCUGAGACAGGUUGAGGAGAAAUUUGAGAACCAGAGCCUAAAGAGCAUGUCGGAGUUACACAAAAUUUGUCUGGAUGUGAUCAAGAGGCAUUGUGCGGUGGACAUUCAGAUUCAUGGGAACAUAGUCACAAUCUCUGGGUUCAAAGACUAUGUGGACGAAGCACUUCCAUACCUGAAACGGUUGCUGAAAAGUAUCUCCAGCACCAUGUCUGACUCUGAGAUCCUGAGGACAGUGCAGUGGGUGCGACAGGAGCAAGACUCAACAGCCACCCCUUAUGCGCCCAAUACCACAGUAUUCCUUGAGAAUGCCUGGAAGAUGAAACAGAAGAGGCUGGACAUCUUGCUCAACAAUCAACCUCACAUCAUCAACUUUGAGAAGAUGCAAGAAUACAGCAUAUCCACAGGGAAAUCUCUAAAAAUCUCCAGGAAAAUGCUGGGUUCAUUAGAUUUGAGCUCAGAGGUACCAGAGGAGGAUUAUUCUCUACUGUCAAGCCUGCCAGAAGCAACCAGAGUGGAUGAGGGCUCUGAUGAAUUCCAAAAUGUGGUGAAGGAUUUUUAUGAAACCAUACAAGAAUAUCACAGCAAAAUAAGGAUUGUAAAGGUGGAGAAGCUCAUGAAUCAACUGCUAUACAACCAGUAUAGGUUGAAGAAAGCUAGCAUAUCCCAGAGUGCAACACAGCCUGAAGUUGAACAAACCCUUUACCAUGGCACAAGUGAGGCAAGUGUGAAAGAGAUAUGCAUUCAUGGAUUCAACCGGAGCUUCUGUGGAAAGAAUGCUACUGUUUACGGUCAGGGGGUGUAUUUUGCUGUGAACUCUGCACUGUCUGUUCAAGAUCAGUAUUCCCCUCCAAACACUCAUGGACACAAGUUUGUUUUUGUGGCAAAAGUGUUAACAGGGGACUACACCAAAGGCUGCCAUUCGAUGAAGACGGCUCCUUUGAAGGAGAGCGCUGACAUUCCCCUUCGAUAUGACAGUGUGGCAGACAACAUCAGCAAACCAUCAUUGUUUGUCAUCUUUAAUGACACACAAGCUUAUCCAGAAUAUCUUAUUACCUGUCAAAAAAUUCACUACUGAGGAAAUGGAUUCGUAAGUAGAGCACAAAUAAUUUGCAAAAAGUGUUGCUUUAAUUUGGCAGCACUGAUGAACGCAUGUGUAACUGAUGUAAAAAGGGCAAAUGUCAAAAUUUGAAUUUUGUAUCCCAGUUUAUCUUUUUCAUCUAAUUUGUUGUGUUCUUCUACUUCUUUUUCUUCUUCUUCUUUCAGCUUGUUCCCUGUUUCUCAGGGGUCGCCACAGCGGAUUUUUGCCCUCCAUAGCUUUCUGUCUGACGCUUUCCUCCCCUGCAGUCCAACCCUCCUCAUGUCCUCCUAGCUGGUCUCUCCAUCUUUUCCUUGGUCUUCCUCUUUUUCUUUUGGCAGGUAUUUCCUGGUCUAAUACCUUCUUUCCUAUACAGUCUAUGCCUCCUCUCUGUACAUGUCCAAACCAUCUCAAUCUUGUCUCUCUCAACUUCUCAUCCAUUCUCUGAUCUUGAAUGUAACUCUCACGUCUUCAUUUCUCUUCUGGUCUUUUCUAGUCAUUCCCAAGGACCAACGCAGAAUGUUCAUCUCUGUUACCUGUAAUGUAGAGUCUAGCCUCUCUGUUGUUGUCUGCUUCCAUACCAUAGAGCAUGGCAGGCCUAACCAUUGAUUUGUAUACUUUGCCCUUUACCCUCAGCAGCAUUCUUUUGUCACAAAGUACUCCAGCUACCUUUCUCUAUGAAUUCCACCCAGAUUGUGUCCUUUUCUUGACUUCCUUCUUACCACCGCCUUCUGCCUGUAUUGUCGAUCCUAAGUACUUGAAUUCGUUAACUUCUGGGACAUCUUCUCCCAAGGCCAAUCCUGGACUUUCUACUUGCUUGUUUAUACACAGGUACUCAGUCUUUGUUCUACUUAUUGUUUGUCCUCUAAUCUCUAGCGCUUCUCUCCAAUCUUCAAGAUCUCUCUCCAACCUUUCCUUGUCCUUGUUUGCUAGCACGAUGUCAUCAGCAAACAUCAUGCUCCAUGGUGGCUCUUUCUUAAUAUGUUGUGCGAGGCUGUCCACCGGUACCACAAACAGGAAAGAGCUCAACACCAAUCCUUGACGCAGCCCUACCUUUACCUCAAACUCUCUAGUUGUUCCCACUGCACAUUGAACUACCGUCUUACAGUCUCUGUACAUGUCCUGAGUUAUGGUGAUGUAAUUUUCUGCCACUCCCUUCGCUCUCAGGCAAUACCACAACAACUCUGUCAUAUGCCUUCUCCAAAUCAAUAAAUAUGCAGUGCAAUUCUUUGUGUCCUUGAAUGUAUUUUUCAGCUAAGGUUCUGAGUACAAAUAUCACAUCUGUGGUACUUCUACCAGGCAUGAAUCCAAAUUGUUCUUUCCCUAUAGUCCCUUCCUUCCCAAGUUUCACUUCAAUUACUCUCUCCCAUAACUUCAUUGUAUGUCCCAUCAAUUUUAUCCCUCUAUAGUUGUUGCAACAAUGAGCAUCACCUCUUUUCUUGCAAAUUGGUACCGCUAUGCUCUUUCUCCAUUCAUCUGGCAUUUUCCCAGUCUGUAUUAUGUUGCUGAAGAGUCUAGUCAGGAACUCUAUGCCAGUAUCGCCUAAGUAUUUUCAGACUUCUGCUGGUAUAUUGCCCGGUCCCACAGCUUUUCAAUUUUUCAUUCAUUGCAAUGCUUUUAUCACCUCAUCCCUUGUAAUCUCUCCCAUGUCCUCUUCGUUCCUUUGUGCUUCAUCUCGCCUUCUUUCUCUGUUGUUCUCUUAAUUCAGUUGGUGACUGAAAUAAUCUCUCCAUGUCUGUAUAAUAUCCUCAUCUUUUGACAGUACUCUUCCAUCUGCAUCCUUGAUAAGUUUUACUUGUUCAGCAUCCUUGCUUGCUCUGUCUCUCUGUUUGGCUAGUCUAUAUCCUUCUCUCCUUCCUUUGUAUCUCGUCGUUUGUACAGCUGCUCGUAUGCUCUUGUCCUUGCUAUCACUACUGCUCUCUUAGUUUCUUUCUUAGCUUUCUUGUAUUCAUUCUUGUUUUGCUCAUUGUCGUUUUGGUCCAGCUUCAUUUUGGCAAACUUUUUCUUCUUUAUGCAGUGUUUCCUCCCACCACCAAUAUUCCUGCCCCUUCUUUUUACCCCCUUGAUAGUCUCCUAGUGCUUGUCUGCCUGCUUCCCUUAGUCCUUCUGCUGUUCUAUCCCAACCUAUCUCCCAACAGCUCUCUUACCUUCAUCCUAAAACUUUCUCUACAAGGUUCCUCUUUCAGCUUCCACCAGUCUUCCAUGUUACUGGUCUUUGCACUUUUCUGAGUUUACUUCUUGUCUUUAUUUGGCAUAUCCAAUUUUAUUAUUUUUAAUUUGUGAGCUACUUAGAAACUUAUUUUGCAAACUGCCAACUUUGAAUAUUUACAGUUCAGUUUUAAACAUUUGCAUAUUGUUUGAUUCUAAUUCUCAGUUCAAUAAAUUGAA